AUGACAACAUCAUCUUCAUCAGUAUCAUCGUCAGCAGCAGACAUAGUUUCUCCAACUUCUUUGGCGUCAUUAGUUUCUAGGGAAGCAGCACUAAUAACAACAUCAUCGUCCUUAGCAUUAUCAUUGCCAAGAGGAACAGUCUCUCCAACAUCCUCGUUAUCAGUAGCGUCAAAAGUGGCAACGCCAAUAACAACAUCGUCAUUAUCAGCAUUAUCGCCGGAAGCUGUAACAGUUUCUCCCACAUCCUCGUCAUCAAUAGUAUCAAGAGUGGUAACACUAAUAACAAAAUCAUCGUCAUCAACAUUAUCAUUGCCAGGAGGAGAAGGUUCUCCAACAUCUUGGUCAUCAAGAGUAGUAACGCCAAUGACAGUAUCAUCGUCGGCAUCAUCGUCGGCAGCAGAGAUAUUUUCUACAAGAUCUUUGUCGUCAUUAGGUUCAACGGUAUCAACAACAAUAACAACAUCAUCGUCAGCAGCAUUGUCAUCGGUAGCAGGAACAGUUUUUCCUACAUCUUCGUCAUCAAUAUUAUUAUCAGUAAAAAGAUUAUCCCCAGCAUCACCUUCACAAAUUGUAUUAUCCGAAGCAGCAUUAUCACUGACAACUUUGUCGUCAGUAGUAUUAUCGGCACCAAAGUUCUCACUUGAACCAUCGUCAUUAAUAGUAUCAUCGGCCGCCAUGUUAGCGUCAUCAUCGAUACUAUCACCAUCUUCAAGAAUUUCAUCAGGAAGAUCAUUAUUAUCAAUACCACCCUCAUCAGUUCUAUCAUCAACAGUAUUAUCAUUUCUAGUGCCUUCAGCAGCAGCUGUAGAACCAACAACAAUAUCAUCACCAUCACCAACACCAGCAAAUGAUACAGUUUCAGAGCUCGAUAGCCUAAAUAUCACCAGCAACAAUUCCUUACAGGAAGCUGUAAAUGUGUUUGAAAACUUUACCACUAAAUAUCGAGAGAUGACCCUCGGAGAAGAACAGCCUGGGGUAGAUAAGCUCAGAACUGAGUCUAUUUUUAAGGUGGCAGUCGCCUUUGAGAAAGUUGCUCUUAGCUAUGGCAAAUACCAUCUAAGUGGAACAAAGGGUUCAAAAAGGAUCGUUCGCGACAAAAUAUUCCUUGGUAUUCAAAAAGGUUAUAGACAAGAUGCAAGUAACUUCUAUCUGGAGAAACAGGAAUGGCAAGCAUCUAUCAAUAUUUCCUCAAGGAAUAUUGCCGACAAUGGAUCAGUAAUAGUUGGGUGUGUGUACAAGGAUCUACAUGAUUUAAUCCAAAAAGGUCAUGAUAAAACAAGGCAUGUGGUAACUAGGAUUAUGAUGGCUGCUAUGGAUCCCAAACCAGAAAACUUACAAGAAAAUGUAAUCUUGAAGUUCAAGAACCUGAAGAAUGAACUGAGUGAGAAGCAUUGCAUGUUCUGGAGUGGCCUCAGCAAUAGUCAAGAUGGAUUUUCGAAAAAUGGAUGUCAUGUAGUUACAUCCCAAAGCAACUCAGAAGAAACAGUCUGCAGCUGCAAUCAUUUGACUCAUUUUGCUGUCUUAGUUGACUACAGAAGUGACAGUGUGCUGUCCCAGAAGGACGAAGAUAUCCUGGAGAUUAUCACCUACCUAGGAUUAAGCCUUUCCAUUAUCGGAAUGAUUCUAACUAUAAUCAUGUAUUCCUUGUUCGCAGAUGUUCAUCAACCUCUCCCUCAAAUACGACUGAGUCUCGCUGCAUCGCUCGGAGCUGGUCAAAUAAGCUUUCUCGCUGGAAUGCACGCCGUGGAUAAUCCAGCCAUUUGCAUCACCUCGGCAGUUCUUACACAGUACUUCCUGAUGGCUGCUUUCUGCUGGAUGCUAGUGGAAGGAAUCUACUUUUACUUGUUUAUUGUGAACGUUUACAACAUCAGCAAUAGGUUGAUAGUGUAUCACGUCAUGUCAUGGGGUUUCCCCGUCAUUAUGGUCAGCACUUCUCUCAGCAUCGCAAUUGGAAAAGGAGGGAUUCAAAGCUACACCAGCAAUAAAUAUUGUUGGUUGUCGUCAGCUUAUGACUUGAUCUGGAUGUUUGUCGCAUUUCUGACGGCAACUGGAGUUCUUGGCAGUUUUAUACUCGUACGUGUCACAAGGGAGUUGAACACGUUGCCGCAAAUAGGAGCCAACAAGAUUCAGCGAGUCCGACUUGGCAUCAGAACAUGUGUUCUGAUGAUUCCCCUUCUUGGCAUCACGUGGUUGUUUGGUCUUCUGUCGCCACUACACAAGGCUUUCACUUACAUCUUCACCAUUCUCAACUCUACUCAGGGUGUCCUGAUUUUCAUCCUGCACUGUCUGAGAAAUAGUCAGAUAAGGGAGCGAUUGCGAGGCAAAAUUAAAACAGCGAUUGAUCAGAUUAGAGCUCCAAUGAAAGCUCGAACGAACGCUGUUUUCCCAUCUCCAAACGACAGACGCUUAACCAAAUGUUAAGAUGAA